UUCCUCGGUACCCGGAGCACCCUCCCAGCCCGGGCCCACCAUGUCGGAGGUGGUCUCGCUGUGGGGGGCUCUGGGGCUGCUCCUUGUGUCUGUUCUGCCCGGGCUCCUCGGAGAGCGCCCCAGCCCCGACCCGCGGGGUGAAAACAGGCGACAUUAUUCACGACAGAUUGGAAAAUUCACACAAGGCAAAGAUGAGGCAGCCGUUCUCCCGGAGGAGGCAGACAAGGAGCCACUGCAAUCAGAGCAACAGCUGACCCUGUUGACUCAGCAACUGGCCCAGACAGAGCAGCACCUGAACAGCCUAAUGGCCCAGCUGGACCCCCUUUUUGAGUGUGUGACAACUCUGGCCGGAGCACAGCAGCACCUCCUGAACACGAAGCUGCAGACCAUUCACCAGCUGCUCCAAGCACACAGGCCGGAGCAGUGCGUGGGGGUUCUGGAGGCAGCAGAAUACAGCCUACCCUUUCCUGAGGACCUCUACAGAGGGGAGGCUGGUGACACCCGGGCCUGGGAGGAGCCCGUCAGCCGGAGCACAGAGACGUGGGACCUGACCACUGCCUGGGAAUCAGAGCAGGGGCUCCGGAGAAGAAGCUGCACCGCCGGCAAAGGGCCCUGGUCCCAUCACCCUCAGGGAAGGCAGGAGGGUCAGCAGCUGAAGGUUCAGUAAAGCAAAACCUCUUCUUGUGA